AAUGCCAUUUUAAUGAAAGCACGUGGAAGGGUCCUUUGUGAUUUCCAGGAAGCUUCAACAGACGAAGAAAGAUUGCGUUUUAUCAUUUCUAGAGGCUUGAUAAGAAACAUUUCCUGGCUGAACUUCUAUAUCCAAAAUUGUAAGAAACUUCAUUGUAAGUCUGUGGAGAAGUCCAAAUGUUACAGAGAACAAGGCAACACAUAUUUUCAGCAGAAGAAAUAUGAGGAAUCGUUGCACUACUAUAUAAAGGCAAUUAUCCAUGCUCCAGGAAUUGAAGCCAAGACAGAGGACUUAUCCCUUGCAUAUGCUAACAUGUCUGCUUCAUUGUAUCAUCUGAUGAAAUACCAGGCUUGCCUUGCCAAUAUCACAGCAGCCAUGGAGAGUGGUUACCCGGACCGUUUGCAUCACAAACUCCUCCUUCGUCAGACACAGUGUCUACUGUACUUGAAACAGAUUGAAGAUGCCAACACUAGUGUACAGGUAGCAAAACAGCAUGCAGGGAAGAUGAAGAGUACAGAUAAAAAGAAGGCAGACAUUUUUCUUCAAGAAAUUUCAAGUGUGGAAAGGAAACUUGCUAAUGCUGUUGACAAUAAAAGUAACAACGAUACAUACGAAAUGAAGAAAACCAAACUUCCUGAUCUUAGUUAUGGAAGAAACCAGUUAGUGACUCAGGCAACUAGUGGUCUUAGGAUGGAACAGACUAGAGAAAAAGGGCGCCAUCUUGUGGCUGCCAGAGAUCUGAAAGCGGGAGACACACUGAUUGUGGAGAAACCAUUUGCUGCGGUCCUGCUUCCUGACCACUACGACUCUCACUGUCACCAUUGCUUCGGACAGUUGGACCUGCUAGUCAUUCCGUGUGUUCGGUGUAGCCAGGUGCGUUACUGCAGCAAAGAAUGUCAGAAUUCUUCAUGGACGUCGUACCACCAGUUCGAGUGUUUUUACAUGGAUCUACUUCAUUCUGUUGGGAUAGCACACCUUAGUAUUAGAAUUAUACUGGUGGCAGGACUGGAAUUUCUUGUAGAAUUCAAGAGGAAGUUGCAGAGUCUUGAAAACAAUACUGUAAGGAUUAAAGGUGUGAGUGAAGAUGGUACCUAUAGACAUGGCUACCUCACUGUGUAUGAUCUAAUGCCUCACAGCAAACAUCUUGUCAUAGAAGACCUGUUUCAGUACUCACUGACAGCCUGUCUGCUGUUAAAUAUCCUUCAAGUGUCUGAUUGGUUCAACUCGCAUACUAAGAUGUCUUCCGAUCCCUGUAACAACACUUCUUCUGGAGAAUGCAGCGACAAGUCAGACAAGAAGCACAUGUCAGGAGAUGUUGGCGAUGUUUCUGAACAAGAACAAUAUGUUGGUGGUUUGCUGCUGCGUCACAUUCAACAACUGGUGUGUAACGGCCAUGCCAUUACAGAGUUACAAGUUACCCAGGCAACCGACCUGUCAUUGGUGGAGACUAAAAGUCAGGUCCGGGUCGCCACGGCAAUAUACCCUACCGCCAGUUUAAUGAACCAUUCCUGUGAUCCCUCAAUCAUAGCCAGUUUUGAUCGUGACUCCUUGGUGGUGAGGGCUGUCCGUGAUGUGAAGGACGGUAUGGAGAUUUACAAUUGUUACGGUCCCCACCAUAAACGGAUGUCUGGUCCUGACCGACGACAAAUCCUGAAGGAUCAGUACUUCUUUGAUUGUCAGUGUAGUGCCUGCUUGAUGGAUGAUGGUCAGAAUGUAAUGUAUAUGGUGUUCAAGUGUCCAAAGUGUGAGAAUGCCUUGAUUGAGGAACAAACAAAUGUUGUGUGCUCAGAAUGUGGCUACCAUGGCAACACUUUAUCAUAUAAGGAAAAGACUGGAAUAGCUAAAGACCUGUUUCUUCAAGCUGUUCAGAGAUUGGAAGCAAACAACAUCAAGGGAGCUAUUGAUACAGCCCAGAGAUGCCACAAGAUAAGGAAUGGAAUCCUCCAUCGAAACCAUCGUGAACUAACUGAGACUAAGGACUUUCUGGCUAGGUGUUACGCUGUAACAGGUGACUUUGAAAAGUCCUGUCGUUAUUUGAAGGAAAGUGUGAGCAGCAUAAAAACUGUGUACGGGGCAUUAAGUAUCGAAUAUGCAAAUGAGCUGCAGAAGUAUGCUGAGGUGCUGGUCAGUGCUGGACACAUGGAGACAGCUUUAGCAAUCACUAAUGAAGCGUUACCUGUAUUCAAAGUGCAUUAUGGGACAUCUCACACAAGUGUUGCAGAACUUGACGAACUAAGGUUUCAUUUACAGAAAAGUCUCAUUAUAUCAUAA